GUAAUGGGAAACUCCUCAGAAUUCCAGAAAGCUGUGAAGUUGGUGAUUGACACGGUUUCGUUUGAUAAAGACUCGACGGUCCAAGUUUUUGAGGCAACAAUCAGGGUUCUGGGAAGCCUGCUUUCUGCCCACAUCAUAAUUACGGAUACCAAACAGCCUUUUGGUGAUAUGACCAUUAAGGAUUAUGACAACGAACUCUUGCAUAUGGCUCAUGACCUGGCAGUGAGACUACUCCCAGCGUUUGAGAACACCAAAACUGGAAUUCCGUACCCUCGGGUCAAUCUGAAGAAGGGGGUACCUCCGGACAGCCAUAACGAGACUUGCACCGCAGGAGCUGGUUCCUUGCUGGUGGAAUUUGGUAUCCUCAGCAGGCUGCUCGGGGAUUCCACGUUUGAAUGGGUGGCCAGGAGGGCUGUCAAAGCACUCUGGAGUCUCAGGAGCAAUAACACCGGACUGCUAGGAAAUGUUGUGAACAUUCAAACUGGCCAUUGGGUUGGAAAGCAGAGUGGCUUGGGAGCAGGAUCAGACUCGUUCUAUGAGUACCUUCUGAAGUCUUACAUCCUUUUUGGAGAAAAGGAAGACUUGGACAUGUUCAAUGAUGCUUAUCGGAACAUUCAGAACCACUUAAGAAGAGGUCGAGAAGCUUGCAAUGAAGGUGAAGGUGACCCUCCUUUGUACGUUAAUGUCAACAUGUUCACGGGACAGCUGAUGAACACGUGGAUUGACUCUUUGCAAGCCUUUUUUCCUGGGCUACAGGUGUUGAUAGGAGAUGUGGAAGAUGCCAUUUGUCUUCACGCUUUUUAUUACGCCAUAUGGAAACGCUACGGAGCCCUCCCAGAAAGAUACAACUGGCAGCUGCAAGCGCCGGACGUUCCCUUUUAUCCGCUGAGGCCGGAAUUAGUGGAAUCCACCUAUCUUCUUUAUCAGGCCACAAAGAACCCAUUUUACCUUCAUGUGGGAAUGGAUAUUCUGCAGAGUUUGGAAAAAUACACAAAAGCAAAGUGUGGCUAUGCCACAUUACACCACGUUGUAGAGAAGACAAAGGAAGAUCGAAUGGAGAGCUUUUUCCUCAGCGAGACGUGUAAAUAUUUGUACCUGCUGUUUGAUGAAGAGAAUCCGCUGCAUAGAUCUGGAAAUAAGUACAUGUUUACUACUGAGGGGCAUAUCGUGUCUGUGGACGAACGUUUUCGUAAUUCACUGUGGCAAGACAUCCUCCCCGGAGAAGAGGACAGCGCAGAAAAAAUUAAACCCAGCGAGUUCAAGGCAGUCAACUUCAGCUCUAACUGUAACAGAGUUCCCGACGAGAGGAGAUACCUGCUGCCCUUGAAGAGUAACUACAUGCGACAGAUUGAUCGGAUGGUGGGCUUGAUCUGAGUGGUUCUUCGGAGUCAACUCCUGCCCUGCGUCAGGAGGAGAUUCCUCUCCUCUCCGGCUACACCCCUGCGUACGCCCAGUCACUUCACUUGGGUAUCCCUCGUGCUUUUAGCUUUCAGCUCUGGAUGUGAAGGGAGAUCAAGUUCUCUUAGAGUUCAGUCUUCUGAACCGCGGUAACCUCACAUGCCACGUGAACAGAGGUUUCUUAUUUUAAGACUUCCUCGUGAAAAAUGUUGCAAAUGAAGGCUGAAUAUACUUCA